GUUGUCAAUGUUCGGGUGCAUUCGGCUUGUUUGUAAACAUCUAAAAAUGCAUCGAGUGCAUUCUUAUCUUUGAUAAUCUUCGAUCGCGCGAAUUUCCGAAACAACACUGUUCAAGCUCAAAAUGCAAUGUGUUGUUCCAAGCUGCGAACGGGACGCGCAGAAUUACGUGCAUCGCUUUCCGCGGAGUAGUUUCCUCUACGAAAGGUGGCGCCAAGCCAACGAACUGGGCACGGGUGAGUCCUUCCCGAAGGAUGUGGAUCCCCUGGAGGUGGUAAUCUGCCAGCAGCAUUUUACCGGGUUCGAUGGCUAUCAGGAACCGAAGGUGUUUCGGAACGUGAGCCUAAACCGCCAAAUUCAACUGGACUGCUGUCGACUUUGUUUGAAGCUUGAUCUCACGGAAAGAAUAGCCACCGGAUGCGGAGAUCAGAUUAUUGGUGAGACAUUGGUGCAUGAUUUGCUACAUACGACCUUCGGUAUAGCGCUGUCGGGAAUUGAUAGCCAGUAUGGCAUCUGCAGAGAUUGUCUGGAGCGAUUGGAAAUGGUAGAAAACGGUUUGAGGUAUUUUUCAAAAAAGAAUCAGCGUUGGAAUCAGAUGCUAGAUCUCAUUAAAUGUGAAGAAACUCAGUGGCACGACAAUGGCGCACCGUCAGAAGAAGAACAACAUGAACAAGUGUCGAAUAUUUCAAACAAUGUGACAAAUGUUGGAAGUCCAAUCAAAUUAGAAAUCGAGGAUGAAAAACUGCAAGAUUCCGAUAGUCAAGACAAAAGAAGUAACGAUCUUCUCGUUACACAAACUCCAGGUUCUAAUGACAAUUUACUUCGAGCUUCACAUAUUAGUUUAACGGAAAGCAAUUCAUCAAAUCACGUGCAAGAACAUCACGUAGUGAUCCCAUCAACUUCUUUGUCUCACACAUUCCCUAGUCAAUCUUAUGAACAACCAUCCAACAUAUCGCACUGUGUCCAUUACCAGUCGAAAACGCCCAGUCGGAAGGUGUCCAGUUCGCACAUCUGCCACAUCUGUUCCAAAUCUUUCACCAAAGCAUCCGGUCUGCGGGAGCAUAUGCAAAUCCACCAGGGUAUCAAAAACUUCAAAUGUCAGUACUGCGGAAAGUCGUUCCGUACCCGUAAGAAUUGGAAGAUCCACGAAACGGUGCACGAAAAUUUCCAAGCGUACACUUGCGGGAUCUGCUCAAAAACGUUCACGCAUCCGUCGAAUCUGAAGCGACACCAGCAGCUACACGCCGGUGCCAAGGAUUACGUGUGCAAUCUGUGCGGAAAACGGUUCUCAAGGCUCAAUCACCUGCACGUGCAUCUGCGAGCCCACACCGGCGAGAAACCCUAUCGGUGUCCGAAGUGUGGGGGCUGCUUCAGCACCAGCAGUGGCCUGUCCAAGCAUCGACGACAAGUGUGCAAACUUCCAAAAGAGGAUAAUCUUUCAGUUCAAAGUUGAAUAGAGAAGUCCAAAUUGAUGUAAUAAAUCAAAGUGUAUGUCAUUAUAUUGUAAA